AUGACAUCCCGUGAUCCUGUAGGCGAUCAUACCAUGUCACCCCCACCGCCUGUCCCUGGCGCGUGGGACAAGCCAGCUUCGCGAAGUCGCGUUGCUAGUCACGCACAGGCCCAAGCGUCUGUGCAACGGCAGCCCAGUCUCUCUUCGUCCAAACGCGACAUAUAUUCCGACGCUCUCUCGCCAUGGCUUCGUGCGUCGCCCGAGUACCUCGGUCCCCCAGAUCGGCGCCCCACAUGGGUCGCUGACAAGGGGCCGCUAGACGUCAACGCGCCAUCGACGACCAUUGCUUCGCCGGCGUUCCUUUCAGCGAUCGCUGCAUCCAAUACAAGCAUGGAAGAAUCUAUGCAGACUGAUCCCAUGUACACACCUGAUGUGGAUGCAUCGAUGCCGAAUACCUCGACAUCGUCUGCCGCGCCUCCAUUGAAUGGCCUCGCUAUUUACACCUCCUCGCCUAUGGCACAGCCAGCCCAGGAACCUACACAGAGCACCGUCGCUGGGUUUGCGGAGCGUAUGGCGUACUUGCGUAAUCUAGGCUAUGCCUUUCCUGCUCCAGCAGGCUCUUCGGCGUCUGCAGAGAAGCCUACGCGCGACGAUGCCCAAGGCUCUGCUCCGCCGCUGCAGUACCGCAUGCCCAGCAUUCAUGCGUUGCGGAUUCGCAAAUCCAAUGUCGGGCUGCCCGAUGCGACCGAGAAGUCUGGAUCCAUGCCACAGGCGCCCAGUACCCGUGACAUUAGUACUACCUCGUUCAUCUACUCGCCGUCGACAGCGGCACAGCAUGCCUGGUCCCCCCCACCCCCGCUUCUACGUCCCAGUUUGGACUCCAUGAGCUACUCUAUCGUAAAUGAUUCUAUGGUCAACGAAGCGAUUGAAAACAUGUCAUUGCGCGAUAACUCGCGCUUAGCGUCUGCUGCGGAGGCGCCUGCGCCUGUCGAAGAACCGUCUGCGCCUCAGGCGGCCACCGAAAAGACGGAGGUGGUGCCCAUGCCUGCGCCUGUCGAAUCGCCCUCGGACGCCCACACCAUCUCACCCGGCAUGGUCUCUCCGGCGUCCACAUCGCCUUCUGCAUGGUACAUGGCCAUGCAUCCUACGCCUUCAUUGCCCCCGGUGGGUGAGGCAUGGACGGCCAUGUCUGCUUCGUCCAAGCGAUCAAGCGUAGCCUCGACGCUGGAACCGAUCCAUAUUGUGCGUGGCUCACCACCCGCGUGGGCUACCAAUUCGUCGCUAGGCACGCCCUCUGUGGGUAUGACUUCGCCAGGGAUCCAAGAUUUACAGCGCUCUGAACGUCCACACUCACAAAUUAUUCACCUCCCUUCCUCUAAUCGCUCUGUGGUGCGCGAUAGUGUCCUAUCCCUGCCUGACUCGUUCCAACCGAUGACUGUGCCUGUGUCGCUAUCCGCUGAACCUGCCGAUCCCCAGGACACGACGACCAUCCUUCGUGAUGAAGCGCCGACUUCCCUGCCUGACGAUGCCCACGAAACGACGUUGGUCGAAUCGCCGUCCAACGAGCCAGGCAAAUGGACCGAGGUAGAUGAUAUGCUCAUGAAGGACGCGUCGAUGGAUGUCGCUGCAGCGCCGGCGCCCUUGCCAACCAUGUCGACGUCCGAGGCCCCUACAUCGCCGUCGACCAACUCGCCGGACAUUGUUUGGUCACCCGCCUUGGAUUCCAUGCAUUCGCUCCCAGCGCUGGCCGUGACGCAUGCAGCCGCCUCUGCCACAGAUGCUGCGGCGACCGCCGAUACGGCCGCCGCCACCGCUGCGGACCAGGCCCCGGCCCUUGCGCUGGCUGACGAGGGUGUGACACCACCUCCGCGGCCUGCACGCGCCUCGCGCGAAGCCGCUGCCCCGCCUGCUAUGUAUGAGCCACGUGGGCCCGCGCUGGAAGGCUACCGUGUGCCCUCGGCGUUGCGGGCGGCCGACAUGUCGUACGCGGCGAGUCCUCGUCAUAUUUCUUAUGGCGCGCGUAUGGUCGAUGACACGUACGAAAGUCCGCUAGAUGCAUCGUACGCCCCUGGCCACGUCUAUGGUAUGUACGAUGUGUCACAGGCGACAGCACGCGAUGACUCGUUACUGGCUCCGACGACAGGUCCCGUGCAUGCAUGGACUGAGACAGACCAGUUUGCUCCAGGGCCCAUCGACUUGGUGACGCCCUCCUACCAGCCCAUGGCCACGUUAGUGGAGGCAGCAGCCGACAAGUCCAUGGACACGACCGCAGAAGCCCCUCUGGAGACGGAUAUGCCCCCUAUGGUACGCUCGUCGUCCCCGAUGUCGCCCCCACCCGCGACUAACCACGAUGUGCCGACAUUGAUGCCGGCGCUACAGUACACGAUGACCAAGCUGCCGAAAGGUCGUCGUGUACGCCGCUCGAAGCCGUCGUCCCAGACGGUUCCCUCGUCGUCCACAGCCACCGCGCCGCCCACGAUGGCGUCGUCAAAGGAGCCCACCGCGUCGAGCCCACCAGAGGAACCUACGGCUGCAGCGUCGCCAGCCUGUCCACCACGCACGCUUCUUCUGGUGGAUGCGCCUACGCCACCGCGCCCUGCUAAUCCGCGGGUCGUCUCGCACAUUCGCCGCAAGCCUGUGCCAGUAGCCACGGUCGCAGACGAAGAAGAGGAAGAGGCGAGCAUGGUUCACCCACGCCGUCCUACCGAGGCGGUGGCCGAGCCGUCCGUGCCGGCCAAGGAACCUUCGAUGCCGGCCCUGGGUCCGACCACGAGCGGUCCACGUACGGCGGACAUUUCGUUGGUCGACGUCUCCUCCUCGCCAUGGCGCUCUGAUUAUGGCGGCGUGCGUCCGGCCUUGGCGCCUAUUCCCAUGGGCCCUGUGCGCAGCAAGGAAGGGACAAACGUAUGGCUGGAUUCCCACGAUCAGCACACGGGCGAUACGUCGCAUCUCUCGAUGUUGGGCGCUGUUGCGGAUGCCCUGCCGACGUUCAACUUGGAAGACUACUUCGAGGCAUCGUUGCAGCGUAUUCGGAUCGAUACCAGUGGGCAUCCCACACCCGUGAAGUCGGGUCCCACGUCGUUCACACGACAGGGCGUGCCUACAUCCCAACCCCUCGUGACGCGCCCGCCGACCGACCUGUUCCGCCACGCGCCGCCUGUCACGAUGCGUGUCAUUGGCUCGCCUGUGAUGGGCUUGGACGAGUUCUCUUACGUGAUGGACGAAGAUGGCAUAAUUCUUCGUUCCCCGGAUCCCGGCGCAGGCAGCGACGGGCAGGCGCGAGGCGGUACAGAGGCAGAUGCGGUGCCGUCGUUGCCGCCUCUCGAUCCGUAUCUACCAGAAGAGCACGAAUGGAUGGGCGACGUCCCACGCCCACCACGCACGCGUGCUGCGUGGGCCUACAAGGAUGGGACAGAUCCGGUAUGGGACGAAGCGUUGUUCAUGGAUACCAAGCUGCCGCGGGACUUUAUUACCAAGCCCAAUUCUGUACUCGCGCGUGGCCGUCCUGUAAAAAAGACAGAGCAUACGAGCAUCUUCUACGCCAGCCUCCCGGAAAAGCGCCAUCGCCGACGUCGUGGGCCGAUGCCUCAACGGGCGCCGCCGCUGAAAGUAAUGAACUUUGACGAGGCGGACGAGGACGAGGAUGAUGUGCACCCGUCAGCGUUCAUGGACACCAGCCUACCUGCCCCCGCGCCUGUCGCUGACCCCUCUGCGCAUGCGCCACCACCGGCGACGGCAACGUACAUGGGCGACUAUGCAGAAGCGCCACGUACGACAGGUGUGCGAAAGGACCCGACGAUGACAUCCCCACCUCUUCCGCCCUUGCCGACCGAGACGCCGCAGAUGCCUACGCACACCGACUUUGGGCCGACUCAGGACGCCACGACGCCGAGAAAGUCAGGACAGGACAACAAGUUCUCUUCGUGGUGGAAGCGGCAUAAACCGUCGCCGACCAAGUCGACGUUCCCUCCGAAUGCCGAGGAGGCGCCCGUGGGAGCAGAGCCUGAUUACGCGGAAGACGAGAUGCCCACGCACACGCAGCGUGAUGCCGCUUACGGCGCAGAAGCCGCUCCUCCCUCUAUGAUGCGGCCCUCGGCCUCUACGGCCACGACGACGACACUCAAGCUCGGCCGGCGUACAGCGCCGCCAGGCUUUGAACCAUCGCAGCCGGGCAAGUACUACCUAGCUGGUACAGUCUCUCUUCCGUCGUUGAACGUCGCUCGCACGGCGGAACAGCGCGCUCGAAACGAGACUGGUUUGCCAGAGACGGAGCCGGCACUAAUCCAGUCGCUUCUCGCUGCGCCGUCCAGUUCGACGGUACGAGCUCGCGCUGGUAUCAUCAAGGCUUUGCCGUUCAAUCCGGAGGUGGUACCGCCUACGGGCCAAGUCUUGGUCGUGGAAGAACGCAAGAUCUUGAUCCGUCCUGUUAUGUAA